AUGCCUGAUAUCUGCAAGCGCCUCGAAGCUGCCCUACUCGAAGUCAGCCGUCAGCGUAAAAUGCUUGAACAUGAUGAGGAACGUGCAAAAUCUACUCUCUCUGAACUUAAUUAUCUUCGCAACCAGAUUAUCAAUCUGACUCGACGUCUCCGCCAGACCGAAUGUGAACUGGCGCAAUCUCGAGCUCGUCUGCAACACCGACUCAUUCCAGGAUCCGUGUCAUCUGGACAGGCUUCAAUUAAAUCUAAUUGCCAACCUCCUGAACAGCUCGAACAUAGUCUUUCCUCUUCAUCACAAGCUGCAAUGUAA